CUCUCCCGUCCGCCCGCCCGCGCCCGCCCAGCCGCGACGGAGUUGCAAGCAGGAGCGUGCGAAGCCGACGGUUCCGAGUCGGUGGGUUCUGCCUCGCAUCUCCCGGGGGCUCCCCCUGCCCGCCCGCCCGCGUCAAGCAUCCCUAAACGCCCCCGACUCCUCGGAUUUAUUGUCGAGCCCGAAGGAAAUUGUACGACAACAUCUGGGCGAGCGCAUCUGGACACGCAACACCGACCUUUCCCGGAUUCCUCGGGGAUAACAAAAAGCGAAAGCAUUUCCACGGUGGCUUUUUUUUUUUUUUUUUUUUGACGAGCCAUCCAGCCUUCCUCUGAGGUUUCCAUCUUUUAACUGCCUCUUAACACUGGCAUAGAAGAAAGGAAGCAAAUCAUCGAGGGAGGGAGGGGGGCGGGGGUGGAAAUCCGAAGGCUGCCUUUUUCCCCCCCGUUUCCUCCCCCAGGGAUUUAGUUCAUGGGGAUGUGUUCAAGGCAAGAGAGGAUUCAGAAGGAUAUUGACGUUGUGAUCCAAAAGUGCAAGGCGGAAAAAGACUGCCUGUUUGCAGAUUUCAGAUACGCAGAUUCCACAUUUACCUUCACCUACAUUGGGGGAUCCAAAAGCGUAUCCUAUUCAGUGCACGUCUCUGAGGAUUAUCCAGAUAAUACCUACGUGUCCAGUUCAGAUAAUGAUGAAGAUGUACUAGUUACAACAGAGCCAAUUCCAGUAAUUUUCCACCGAAUUGCUACAGAAUUGCGGAAAACCAGUGAUGUCAGCUGCUGUUUAUCCAUAAAAUCAAAGUUACAGAGAGAAAAUGGAGAGGAGUCUAGGCACAGCAGUGCAGUCGAAGAAGAUUCAGAAGGGGAUAAUGACUCAGAAGAGUUCUACUAUGGAGGGCAGGUCAGUUAUGAUGGGGAACUUCACAAGCACCCGCAGCUGGAAGCUGACUUAGCAGCAGUGAGAGAGCUCUAUGGGCCAAAUGCAGUAUCUCUCAGGGAAUAUGGAGCCAUUGAUGAUGUAGAUAUUGAUCUGCAUAUUGAUGUUAGCUUUCUUGAUGAAGAGAUUGCGGUGGCAUGGGAUGUAAUCCGCACGGAGCCUAUAAUUGUGCGAUUGCACUGUUCACUCACACAAUAUUUAAAUGGCCCUGUGCCCACAGUUGAUGUGUUUCAGAUCUCUACUAAAGAAAGAUUUGGACUGGGACAUCAGCUGAAGAAAAUCAUGCAGACAUUUGUUACACAGCAAUGGAAAAAUGGCAAAGAAAAAUCGAACAGUACGCACAACAAAAAAAUGUCUGAGAAGAAAGUGAAAUCCCCCCUGCAUAUCUUUUCUACGCUGCGCAGGGCUUAUUUCUGGAAGGAUGCAUGCUGGCCCGGGCUGCAGCCAAACAAGAGUGGGACCACAUCCUUCUCUGCCUCAGUGCCUUCCCAUGCUUCUUCUUUCUCCACACCAGUGGGAGAAGAGACAGAUCAUUCUUGUUCCAGGUCGCCAAGUUAUCCUCCACCAGGCUGUGGGAAAAACAAAACAAAACUGAAACCUGAACAAGAUGGCAUCUCAAAAACCCACAAGUUAUUGAGAAGGACUUGUUCUAGCACAGUUAAAGCUGAGAAUACAUGUGUCACCAAGUCCCACCGAACCUUUGGUCGCUCGUUAUCUAGCGAUCCCAGGGCUGAGCACACCAUGACCAUUAAAUCGCACAAACUGUUGAACCACUCCUGCUCAGCCGCGAUCAAGCAGGAUGAGUGCAUCACUUUAAAGCCCCAUAAAUUGCUGAGCAGAUCGUGUGCUGGGGAUAUGCGAUGUGAGCACAACAGCACUUUGAAGCCCCACAAACUUUUAAGCAGGUCUUAUUCCAGUAACCUUAGGAUGGACGAAUUAGAUGGGCUGAAGAACCACAAGUUACUCAGCAAGACUUACUCCAGUGCUCCCAAGUCAUCCAAAAUGGAGCUUUUCAAAGAACCCACCAUAGCAGAGGGCAGGAGGCUCUCUCUUACCUCAGGGCUUAUUGGUAUCUUAACACCAUCUUCAUCCUCACCAUCACAAUCCACUCCAACGUAUGGUGCAAAAUCUGUUCCGAUCAGAGACAAUGGCUUCCUUGUGCAGACAAUUGAGUUUGCUGAGCAGCGAAUACCAGUACUGAAUGAAUAUUGUGUGGUUUGUGAUGAACCACAUGUGUUCCAGAAUGGGCCCAUGCUGAGGCCUACCGUGUGUGAACGGGAGCUGUGUGUCUUUGCUUUCCAAACUCUAGGAGUGAUGAAUGAAGCUGCAGAUGAAAUUGCAACAGGGGCUCAGGUUGUAGACUUGUUGGUAUCCAUGUGUCGCUCUGCAUUAGAAUCACCCAGGAAAGUUGUUAUUUUUGAGCCAUAUCCUUCUGUAGUAGAUCCCAAUGACUCUCAGAUGCUGGCCUUUAAUCCCAGGAAGAAGAAUUAUGACCGAGUCAUGAAAGCACUGGAUAGUAUUACUUCUAUAAGAGAAAUGACACAGGUAAGCAUAAAACUCGAGUUCCCUAACUGUCAGCAAGAUAUAUCUGUUUAUGAGUAUGUUAGUGUAUCCUUUACUAGACCCAUGUAAGAAAAGCCUAUCAAAAUAAUAAUCUCAGAGAGUCCAACAAGCUGCAACAUAAAAUCAGUUACCAGAACACAGGCAUGUAAAACCUGAAUGGCUCCACUGAAAUAAGCAAAAAUGACCCAGGAGCUCCUAUUUUCAGUGUGGGCUGCCUCCGAGCAGGUGGACUGAUCCUUAUAACAGUGGAAGAGCAUUGAUCCACUCCUGCUUGCUGUAUUUUAGUCAUUGCUGUGUUUAUUUAUUGGGAAUGCAAUGCUUUGACUGAGCCAAGCCAAACCUUCUAAAGGAAGGACAUUGGUUUGGUAACUAUCUGUUAUGACAGUGGCUGUACAGCUUGCUCAUUUACAUGCCUUGGGAGAGGGACUGUUGUAAGGGGUUAUGAUCAUGAAUGGGGUGUGCAAAGGGAGGUCCCUCCAAAUCAGGCAGACGUGCCUUCUGUGAGCAGGAUGUUCCAAGACUUCCAGCUUCUCUCUCAGUCCCCAAACAACACAGCCUACUCCAUUCAUCAGGAUAUCCCAACGCUCUGUGUAUUCUUUUUCUUUGGGGAUGGUGCAGGUAGGCUGCCUUGGAAAAGGGAGGAGUGACACCUGCAUCUUCCAGCUCUGUCACACACGCUCAACUCUGGGUCCAGUUCAUCAUACGCUUAAUUCAUGUAUGCUUAUGGCUGUUCACAAGAAUUAUAUAUGGGGAUCUAGAAAGCAAUAUACAAACAAUUAUUCUGAAAGGCCCCAGUUCCUAUAUUAUGUAAAAUCAUGGGUUGGUAUUACAGGCAUGAGUAACACUGAACACCCCUUCUUUCUGCCAGCAUGGUUUACUCCUGCUGUGGAACCACCCAAUCCUAUUACGACUAGCUAGGGGUGCAGGGACAUCAUAAGAGCCCUGCCAGAUCAGUCCAGCAUUGGGUUCACACAGUGGCCAACCUGCUCAUGGCCCCCAGCAACUGUUAUAGAGAGACAGAUUGCUUCUAACGCUGAAGGAAGCAUGAAACUAUCAUAACUAGCAGUCAUUGAUAUCAUGUAUUCGGAACAAGCCAGGAUCAUAAACCAUAGUUUGAUCUUGGCUUGAGCAAACCAGUUAAACUAACCUAACAGUUCUUCAUAGUUCAGGCAUAACAAGAAAUCUGGUUGGUUUGAAAUGGGAAGCAACAGCUGCUGACCCCUCUUUAAAGCCACAUCAGAGGAGGAAAGGAAAUAAUAGAUGCAUGAUAUCAAAGCCGGUGGCUGCUAGUACUGUUGUUUUCAGAGAUAGCAUUGUGUCUGAAAUAAGCCAAAGUAAGCAUUAAGUUGCAAACCAACUUUGCAUUAAGAAGAAUCCUCUUAAGAUUUCAGAAUUUGGGGCCAAUUAUUCUUUCCAUUAAGCAGCAGUACCUAUUUUCUGGCAGUACCACUAGUGCGUAAGGAAUGCUCACGUAUUUUUAUGAAGGGUUAUCAGUCAGUCAGGGUGCAAUUCUGUUCAUGCUUACAUAGAGUUGUCAUACUUUUGGUUUGUUUGUUUGUUUGUUUGAGCAUGCAGAAGAUUGUGCCAUAAAGAGUGAAGUGCAAAGAAGUGAUAAUGAUAGAUUGUCAUGUGAUGGUCUCAUUGUGAACAGGUUUGGCCUGACUGUCCAAGCCUUUUUAAAAUCAGCUUCAAAAUGAAGGCACUGUUAACUAUGCACAGGGCAGCUGGUACAGCUGUGAAGGCUUGUCAAGCUGCACUCGGGAUUCUUGGAGUGCCUACAAAAAUGACUAAAAAUCAAAAAUCCACCCCAAAGAUGGGAGUAUUUAGAAGGAGUGCUGAAUGCCGAAUCAUUCCCUGUAAUAGCGAACUCAGGUACCGAAUGUUGAGAAUGAAGCCAGAACAGGGCUGUGGAGAAAUAAAAAGGAAGAUAUCAGCAUAGUCAGAAAAUUCACAAUAUGUGUACAGCAGCUAAUUGCCAAAAGAAAAUCCCUAAUAGGAUGAAAAGUCUUCAAAACAGCUGAA